AUGAAUCUGACUACGACCGGCACCGAAACUAUGUCAACGGCGAGGCCUCAGGUCGCUAAGACCCUGGCUUGUGCCCGCUGUCACUCUCAGAAACUGCGCUGCAUCCGGCGCAUUGCUGACAGCCGUACUUGCGACCGGUGUCUGUCUGCCGGAAUCGACUGCGUUGAGCGCAAGCCACAGCGGAUGGGCAGGCCGGUUGAACUCGGCAAUGGACCAAGAUCUCAAGUGCGGCACGGGAGCCAGAAAUCCGCCCGUGGGGACGGGUCUCCGGCCAGAAAGCAAGCGAGGCAAAACCUUGGACUCCACUAUGGGAUGGAGCUUAGAGAAACCGAUAUCAGCAUAACAUAUGGCUUUUCGUCUACCUUAACUCCGGUCGACUCUGAUGGCUCCGGAUCCAGCGUCCAGCAGGGAAUACCGACUGGCGUAUCACAGUUGGAGAAUUGGUCGUGGUCUAUCAACCCUGCGCAGACAGCCCAGGGGCAGGAAUACUUGUCCCCUUCUCGUACCAACGGGACUGGUGUCGGGGGUCUGGUGAACGAUGGAAGUCUCGGUGGUGAAGGAAAUCUACCUGCGUCAAAUCGGACGGCAGACCCUUCGGACACCCGAUUCACCUACGAACAGCCCAUGCUUAUGAGCUUAGAGGACAUCAACGACAUGCUCCUCAAUUUUGACGACGGAGUCGACUGGACUUUGCAACCAUCCACCUCCUUCAGCGGCCAAUCCAGCUCGCUCGAGAACGGGGGACCAGACACAGACUCUUUUCUCGAUGAUCCUAUCGAACAGCUGUCAAAGUUGCAGCUAGAACUCUACCAGUGUCUGAACGUAGUCAGGGCGGUAGAGAAGCAGAAGAGGGAGUUUAUGGAGAAGAUUGCCGCGAAAGCCUGCGGCCCCAUCGACACCACCUGGGCGGAACGACUAUUUGCCAUGACGGAAAAAUUCAUCUCUGCGCUUGAAGGAUAUGCUAACAGCGCCGCCACAAACGGGAGCAACUCGGGAGGAGAUAGCAUGGAGACCGACACCUUCAUGUUGGACAAUGCAACAAGCAGCGGCAACGACGAUCCUUCAACAGAGAGUGGUCAACAGAAAGAUGGUAUCGAGUACGCAAGCAGCACCUGCGAUCAAGAAGUAGACCCAGCGACCGGCCUCAUGAUCGUGAGCUGCGUAACAAGACUACUGCAGAUCUUCGAGUCUCUGGUAUUCAUUGUGGAGACAAUGAGGGCGACCACCUGUCCGCCCGACUUCGUCCAUAUCCGACUUGGGGCGUUCGUGCCCAACAUGACUAAGGCUCUUCACGCCCGCUUGCUGGGGCAGUAUGUCCUGCAUUUGCUGGAAAACAUAUCAGAAAUGGCGGCGCGGACUGUGCCGUCGAGGCAGCUGUAUGCGAGAGCUGUGAAAGACAACAAGGCUGUUGAGUCCAAUAUUAGGGAACGGCUUAUAGCGUUGAUUCAGUCGUAG